CUGCCCCAGCACGUGUCCUCCUGAUCCCCAUGUGUGUACAUUGACACCUGGCCAUGUGUACUCUCUGGCUGCACUGACACCUCGGUGUCUCCCCCUGCACGAGGGGGCGUGGCCUCCUAGCCAGGAUAUAAUGACAGGAGCUGGGACACUAUACAGACACAGCAUUGGAGGAGAAGGAAUACACUCAGACAGGAUCACAAUGGAAUCUCAUCAGAGGAGAGCCCAGCACACUUCUCAUGCUGCCAGGUGUGAGAGGAUGUGGAGACCCUGGUAUGAAACCCCUGUGACCUCAACGCCUGCCCAGCAAACCUCUAACAAUAUACCGCAGUCACACAGUUCAAAUCAGGGAGCCAUCACUGAAAAAGCAAAACUGCCAGCUUUUCAGCAUCCUGUUAAGUUGUUCUGGCCCAAGUCAAAGUGUUAUGAUUUUCUGUACCAGGAGGCAGAGGAACUGCUGAAGAACUUCCCAGUUCAGGCUACCAUCUCCUUGUAUGAAGAAUCAGACAGCAGCAGCGAGGAUGAAGAAUUUGAUAAUUAAACCUAUUCAAUUUAUAAUGUUAUAAGCUACAGGAUAUUGUAAUCAGGGAUGCAGUUCUGGUCCUUGCAGGCCAUUAUACUUCAAGUCUCAGGGCAGAUGUAUGUCUAUGCAUUGUGGCGCUUUACUACAAUGCACAACAAUUACAUGUGUCAACACUUUGUUUCAUUUAUGCUAAAGCUGCAUCACAUGGUAACACACCAUAGUGC